UACCUAUCGCUGCAAACGUCACAGCACUUUCAUUCGUGAACUAGGAAAUGAAAAGGGCUAUGAAACUAUGAAACUACGAACUAUGAUCUACCUCAUCGCCCAUCCCAUGGGAGAUAAAUUAAGAAAUACAAAAUUGUGCAUGAAUUACCUGCUGCCACCUGCAUCUGCAUGCUGCAUUAGUACAGCAUCCAUACAUAUAUGUAACUCUCCUCCCCCUCUUCCCAAUCGAUUACCGGACCCAGAGUUGAGAUUGAUACCUUACGUAUCCACGCUCUGGUCCUGUGAAGAACACUGCCUCCAAUUCCACUGUAUCCGAGACUUCGUCCCACGUUCUCCGUCCCGUUAUGAUUCUUUGGUACGGAUCUCUGGCUUCAUCUUGCUUGCUGUGACAGUGUAGCACCUUCAUCCCGCCUCAUUUUCUUCGUCUCCAGACUUUCAUCGUGGCCCCCCAGAGUUCGGUGCACCACACACCCCGCGGCUUCAAUCCACGCCUCUACUCUAGCUCCAUCACCACCAACAGCGGACAGAUUCCGGUAUUGAGAUACCGAGUAUAUUUUGGCCUGCAAAGCUGCCACCAGAAUUGAUAUAGAUUGUUCCCAGUGUUCUCCACUCUAGUCGAGGCUUUUCGAACUCUUACGAGCCGCAAAAUUCUGUUUAUAUAUCGCCUGCUGCAGUACGUUUUCGGUUCACCCGCGGCCGUCGCCAGGAGCAAAACGAGACGACAGCGGCGGCAAGGACCAGGCUCCAGGACCAGGACCAGGACCGGGACCGGGAUGGGCACAGGGGGCAAGGGCACGACACAGAAGGAGGAGCACAAAACAAGGGUCACGACCAGGAAUCCACCGUUUGGCGUAGAGACUUCUAAUGCAGUCUAGGAAGUUAGUGGGGAGCUGUUAGUUUAUCACACUGGCUAGCAAGGCACAUACCCGCAAACCAAUCCUCUUCCGGCUUGCGACAAACGAACCACGCCGAACGCUACUUUCUUCCUCGUCUCCUACUUACUCUCUCUCCUCACAACAUUCGUACCGUCGCUCGUCCACUGCUACGGAAAGGAUUCCUCGUACCUGAGGUCGAGGACAUACUGUUCGCUCUUCGGUUACUAUGUUUUAAUCAGUCACUCCUUCGAUUCUGUGCUGUUUCUGUCUGGCUCUAUCCACCCGAUCUAGAGCAUUACCGGCAGAUUAAGGAGUUGGACUGGGUGCGCGCAAACGGCGGCAACAUGAUUGUGAUGGAAGGGUUGAUGUUGGUUCCGCCAGAGCGCGGGACCAUCAUCGGGAGGGCUCUAUGGAAGACUCGAUAUGUCGUCCUCGGUACUGGGUCCAUGUUGAAGACGCAGAACGAUCUCUUACCGCAAUCCGAUGGCUCGGGACGGGGAAGUGCUGGACGUAAGGGAUUGAAGGCCACUUCGUCAAAGCCGAGCCUAGUCGAUGUGUCGCAGCCGGAGCCUGCUGGGAGGAAAUUAUAUAUUACAAUCUACAAAGCAAAGGGCGAUUGGGAAUUCAUUGCACAGCAUCCAGUAUCGGCCUUCAAGUCAUGCGACAUACGAGCUCUUCAGCACCGGAAACAGAGUCCGUCGUUACCGACAAUGAUGUUCGAAAUGAAACCGGAUUCAAUUUCCGAGAAGCAGCGAAAGCGAAGGUCGAGCAGGACAGGAGGACUUUCGUCGAAGGACCCUUGGGUGAACUUCCUACUGUUUCGCACGAUACCAGAGGAGAAGUAUAGCAUAUACGAUUGGCAGGCUGCAGUAAAGCCACUUCUGACUACAGAUGAGGACGAGGAGGAUGGGGUGAUGAGCCCGUUAAGUCCAGUCUUCAAUGCGUUCACCAAUCCGUUUGGGAAUUCUAGGAGGCCUUCCACCUCUGCCAAUAGACCAGAAUUGGGCAAUCGGGCCUCGAGCCAGAGUAGUUAUCCACACGCACCUCCUCCGCGAGAAAGACCUUCAGCCAUGAUCUCGCCCUCUCCCAGUCUCCGGUCAAGACGGUCCGAUCUAUCUUCCCGGGCAAGUUCCCAGCCCCCACAUAUAGGAUUCGCAUCGCCCCAUCCCCUUGGCUACGCUACGACUUUGCCAACGGACUUGCCUUCCCCUGCCUCGACUUCUGGAUACGAUAAUCAAUUCAUUGAAGGUUGGACAUCAGCGCAAGGGCGGUCAUCGGCACUGUCUUCACAUACGCGGGGAAGUAAUAGUAUAGCAUCUGCUGUUACGCCGGCUGCAGUCAUUGCUUCAACACCACCAGGACCUAGAGAGACCAUUCUCGAUAGAGCGUUUCAGAUGCGCUGCAUACCAGGAAGUGAUCGAAUUCCCGACAAGGACGAUGAGAAGAUCAGUAGUAUUGCGCGUUUCGAGGCCCUCAUGCGAGAGGUAGAUGAAAGGAAACAGGCCAAAUCGUCGGCUAAGCAGCCUAGUAGGGAGAGACAGAAUUGGGGACUGGAAGAGGAAUCAGAGGACUCAUCGGUCGGCGAGCCAGAUAACGACGAUGAUAUCGAAAUGUCAGAUGAGGAGGUAUCGAUCCCAACACCAGCACAACGAGCUCUCGAUUACAUCUCUGGUCGACGUACUCCGAUAUCAACAGGUAAUCGGCCUUUAUCUCCUGCACCACGAAGUCCUCCAGUCCCAUUCCUAAAUCCCCAAGCCAUGUCUGCAUUUUACGGAAACUCCGGCUCCAACGGUCUCCGUCCUCGAACAGGAACAACGCCUUCCAAUCCCCGCCCAAAAGGCAGCCGACCGAGUUCUCUAGCACUUCCCUCUCGCUCGAUGUCCAGCACUGCGGUCCCCACCCUCAGAGACAGAGACAGCAACAACAGCACUCUUCGCGCAGGGAGCACAGACGCAAAGGAUAAGCGGCGGAGCAGCACGUCGGUCAAACGUCUCAGCUUCACGGAGUUCGCUAAACGCUUAAGCAGUACCUCCAGCCUUCUUCUCGUGCAGACAAAUAACAGCUCGGGUUUCGGUCGAGACGGUAGCCGUCGCGGGAGUAGUGAGUACGGCCCUGAGGACUUUGAUCGUUCAAAUUUGAACAAUAAUAUGGGUAUGAGUAUGCGAGGUGGUGACAUGGCGACGCAGAAUCGUGAUAAAAGGUGUGGUUGGAGAGGAAGUGUGGGGGCCUUUGGUACGGAGGGAGGGUUUCUAUGAUAUACUUUUUGACUGCUUGAGUGAGUGAGUGAGCGAGCUGAUCGACUGACUGAUGGGACUUAUGAUACCUGGUACGUGAUACCUUAGACGAUUGUAAUGAUGCUGGGAUGGCGUUGGGUUUUGCGUCGAUACGAUAUGGAUGCUUUCGAUUCGGUAUUACAUGAUAGGGUGGAUUUGGGUGGGUGGAACAUCUGUCUGCAUUUUAUGGCGUUAUGAUACCAGUCUACUCCUGCUUUAUUGUACGUUACUUAGAUGAUUGUCGUAUUUUGUAAGCAAGUCUGUUCGCAUGACUGUUAUAGGAGGAUGAUAUGUAUCAUAAUAUCUCUUUCAAUUUGAGACCUUUACCUUCUCACUUCGAUUUUGUUCGUGUGAAAGGUCUUGAUCGAGCGAAUCCAAGCUAACAGUACAUUGACAUCCGACCCCGUCAUCCCAGGGAUAACCCUUCAAUCUGAAACAGCCUCUCUUGGAGCCUACACCAAAGAUGCCACGGCAGAAGGCUGAAAAUGUGACAUCUGCCCUCGACUGUGGCGACAAUACAACCAAUCUAAGCACAUACAUGCCAGACAUGAGAGACAAAACCACAUCAAUGAUCACUUCAGCAAUUGCACAAUAUGACUUCGCUGGAGAGUGGCCACUUUCUGGUCCACCAUCGACGAAAUUCUCGUGUUCUCACACUACGACUUUCGUUCUACAAUAGGGAGGUUCCUCGAAGUCCCAGUGCUCAUCGACAGCACUAAUUACGAAGCUGGGUACUUCAAAGUCAUGACCUCGGCGUGGAAUGCUUACCUGCCCGAUACUCUGAGUAUGGGGAUGGUUUCAAUUCAAAAUAUACACCCGCCCUUUUGCCGCAGGAUUGUCGAUCUGGAGAUAUCGUUAUUGAGGGGAGUUUGAGUUGUUGGCUUUGACGACUUCGCUGAGGAGUGGUGCAUAUCAUGCGUCGGAGUUGCUACCACUUUUGGGAUAGUGAAUGAUCAUGGGGAAUUGAAGCGUCGAGGGAGUUGCCGGGGGUUGGAAUGUAUUGAGGGGUGUUUAGGUGGCGUUGGGAAGGAUUUGGAGCAGAGGUUGGCGAAGUAAGAGUGACUGAUCAAUCAAUCUGGUAGGAUGACAUUGGUUGGGCUAGGGUAUAAUGGUCAAAUACUACGACUCUGCUGAACAAAUAAGUUUUCAUUCAUGUGAAGCCGUGUAAUCUUUG